CCCCGCUCGGCGCCGGGCAGCCCGGCAGAGUGGCGAGGCGGGCGGGCGGGCACGCAGCUCCGCUCCGCUCCCGGCCAUGCCUCCCCGCCGCCCCGCAGCCCUCCUCAUCCUCCUCCUCCUCGUCCUGCAGCUCCGCCGGGCGCUGGCCGCCGCAGGACUGGAGUACAGUGAUGUGCUGCCUGACUCCUUCCCCUCCGCCCCGGCAGAGACCCUCCCUCACUUUCUGCUGGAGCCCCAGGAUGCCUACAUCGUGAAGAACAAGCCAGUGGAGCUCGUCUGCCGCGCCAACCCCGCCACCCAGAUCUACUUCAAGUGCAACGGGGAGUGGGUCAACCAGAAUGACCAUGUCACCAAGGAGAGCCUGGACGAGGUCACCGGGAUGUUGGUGCGGGAGGUGCAGAUCGAGGUCUCCCGGCAGCAGGUGGAGGAACUUUUUGGCUUGGAAGAUUACUGGUGCCAGUGUGUGGCCUGGAGCUCUGCAGGCACCACGAAGAGCCGCCGAGCGUACGUCCGCAUAGCAUACCUUCGGAAGAACUUUGACCAGGAGCCGCUGGGCAAGGAGGUCCCGCUGGAGCACGAGGUCCUGCUGCAGUGUCGCCCACCUGAGGGGGUACCGCAGGCAGAGGUGGAGUGGCUGAGGAACGAGGAUGUCAUCGAUCCCACGCAGGAUACCAACUUUCUGAUCACCAUUGAUCACAACCUCAUCAUCAAGCAGGCCCGACUCUUGGACACUGCUAAUUACACCUGCAUGGCCAAGAACAUUGUGGCCAAGCGCCGGAGCACCACGGCCGCCGUCAUUGUCUAUGUGAAUGGUGGCUGGUCCACCUGGUCCGAGUGGUCUCCUUGCAACAACCGCUGCGGGCGGGGCUGGCAGAAGCGCACCCGGACUUGUACCAACCCUGCACCACUGAACGGUGGCUCCUUCUGCGAUGGGCAGCCUUUCCAGAAAAUCACCUGCACCACCCUCUGCCCAGUGGACGGAUCGUGGACAGAGUGGAGCAAGUGGUCAGCAUGCAGCACGGAGUGCACCCACUGGCGCAGCCGCGAAUGUGCUGCCCCGGCUCCCCGCAACGGCGGCCAGGACUGCAGCGGCGUGCUGCUCGACUCCAAGAACUGCACUGAUGGACUCUGCCUGCAGAAUAAAAGAGUUCUAAGUGAACCCAAAAGCCACCUGCUGGAGGCCACAGGUGAUGUGGCCCUGUAUGCCGGGCUGGUGGUGGCCAUUUUCGUCUUCAUUGUGAUCCUCAUGGCUGUGGGGGUGGUGGUGUACCGGAGGAGAUGCCGGAAUUUUGACACGGACAUCACAGAUUCAUCAGCCGCUUUAACUGGAGGCUUCCACCCAGUCAACUUUAAGACCUCCCGGCACGAUAACCCUCAGCUGCUGCACCCCUCGAUGCAGCCGGAUCUGACAGCCAGCGCGGGGGUGUACCGUGGCCCCAUGUAUGCCCUGCAGGACUCUUCCGACAAGAUCCCCAUGACCAACUCCCCUCUGCUUGACCCUCUCCCCAACCUGAAGAUCAAGGUGUACAACUCUUCCACUGCCUCCUCCUCGCCAGGGCUCCAUGACGGGGCGGACCUACUUGGAGGGGUCCCCAUGACUGGCACCUACCCAGGGGACAACACCAGGGAUGGCCACUUUGCGAACAUGAGGAACAAAACCCUGGGCUCCCAGCAUCUCCUCAGCUUGCCCCGGGAGCAUGGCAACAGCGCCAGUGGCACAUUUGGCUACCUGGGAGGAAGACUCACCGUCCCAGGCACUGGGGUGAGCCUGCUGGUGCCUCACGGGGCCAUUCCCCAGGGGAAGUUCUACGAGAUGUACCUGGUUCUCAACAAGGCAGAGAGCGCCCUCCUGCCCUCCGAAGGCACGCAGACAGUGCUGAGCCCAGCAGUGACUUGUGGACCCACCGGCUUGCUCCUGUGCCGCCCCGUUGUACUGACCAUUCCUCAUUGUGCUGAUGUUGGCUCCUCGGAUUGGAUUUACCAGUUGAAAACACAGUCCCACCAGGGAAACUGGGAGGAAGUUGUGACUUUGGAUGAGGAGACCCUCAACACUCCCUGCUACUGCCAGCUGGAAGCCAAGUCCUGCCACAUUUUGCUGGACCAGCUUGGCACCUACGUGUUUGUGGGAGAGUCCUACUCCAGGUCAGCCAUCAAGAGGCUCCAGCUCGCGAUCUUUGCCCCCACGGUUUGCACCUCCCUGGAGUACAGCCUCAAGGUUUACUGCUUGGAGGACACGCCGGAUGCUCUGAAGGAAGUGCUGGAGCUGGAGCGGUCGCUGGGUGGGUAUCUGCUGGAGGAGCCCAAGCCCCUGCCCUUCAAGGACAGCUACCACAACCUGCGUCUCUCCAUCCACGAUAUCCCCCAUGCGCUGUGGAGGAGCAAGCUGCUGGCCAAAUACCAGGAGAUCCCUUUCUAUCACAUCUGGAGUGGCAGCCAGCGAGCCCUGCACUGCACCUUUACACUGGAGAGGUACAGCCAGGCUUCCACUGAGCUCACCUGCAAGAUCUGUGUCCGGCAGGUAGAAGGGGAGGGGCAGAUCUUCCAGCUCCACAUCACACUGGGAGAGCAUGCCAGCUCCUUCGACACCCUCCGCUCCCACCACAGCGGUGCCACCACCACCACUCAGCUGGGACCCUACGCCUUCAAAAUCCCCCUUUCCAUCCGGCAGAAGAUCUGCAACAGCCUAGAUGCUCCCAAUUCCAGGGGAAAUGACUGGAGACUUCUCGCCCAGAAGCUUUCCAUGGACCGGUAUCUGAACUACUUUGCCACCAAAGCCAGCCCUACUGGGGUGCUCCUGGACUUAUGGGAAGCUGAGCACCAAGACGAUGGCGAUCUCAACACCCUGGCCAGUGCCUUAGAAGAGAUGGGCAAGAGCGAGAUGCUGGUGGUCAUGGCCACAGAGGGGGAUUGCUGAUGAUGUUCCCUGCAGUGCGCCGGGAGGAUGAAACAGGAGGCAAGAGGGAGGGCUCUUCCCGAUGGCAGGGGGAGGUACAUCCAUCCCCAAGCAGCAGCUGAGUGAGGAGGGGCCGAAAGCGUCGCUUCUCCCUCCCUCUCCGUAUCACUGUCAGCCUUAGAGACCCAUCCUCAGCGUUUACAAGCAGUUCAAGUGUUACGCAGCAUUCCUCUUCCUCCUCCUUCUCCUCCCAGCUGUCCCCAGGGCAGCAGUCGGUGGCGCUUGUGGCAUGUGGAGGAAUUAGGGCUUCUCAAGUCAGGACAGGGGCUUUCCUUCUUUGUUUGGGUUCCCCUCCUCCUCCUUUAGUAGCAUUUCUGCGUUGAAGAGAAAUACAGUCUAGGCAAACAGCUUACUUCUGUCAAAGCUUCAGACAGCUUAAUAAGGCAAAUAAGAAAGAAAAAGGGAAAAAAAAAAAGUUUCUUAGGAAACGCAAAUAAUUUAUUAUCCAGAUCUUUGGAUGAGUCCUUUUUAAAAAAAAAUAGAAAGAAAAGCAAAAAAAAGACAGAUUUAUAAAUCUUUUUUCUGUGCGUUGAGAGCAAGAGCGUUGCUGUGGUUGGGGUGGCAGAGAGAGAGAUUUAAGUGAACACACUUUUGUAGGGAAAAGUGUGCGGUCCAAGUUGAGCAAAACAUGUUUACAUGUCCUGGGACCCCCGGGCAGUCCAUAGAGUGAAGUGCCUCUACACCCCUCUGGUUCAGGGCCAGCUGAGACCCUCCCCAAGGUUUUUUCCUUGCAAACUCCCCUUUCCCCAGCAGUGGCACCUGGUGGAGUGAAGGGUCCCCCUCUGCCUGCAAGGAGGGAUUGAGGGAUGCUGCCCUGCAUUUAGGGAUUGGGUGGGGGGGGAAUACAUCCACAUAUGGGUAUUUUUAAUGAAUUCUUCCCUGUCAUCAUUUGGGGGGGCUUUUUAGGAUGACUACGCCUUCAUUUACAUAACUUCAGUACAAACCAAAGAAUUCAGUCCUAGGGUCAGAGGGAGGUGAUGAGCAGUUUCUGGAGGGAUCCAGGGAGAGCAGAGGGCUGGCAGGCCAGGAUGUGGCCACUCGGAAGCCACACUGGUCUUGGGUCUGUAUGCUCGCGCCCAUUUUUUGAUGCAGUAUUUCAGCAGGGAUUUGGGGAGGGAGACCUUGGUAUUAAACCCCAAGCUGAGUGUUUUCUCAUGAGGGAUAGCGUUGUUACUGGUAAUGGAGUUUCCAUCCUCUCAUUGCAGCUCCCUUUUUGACCUGUAAUAGAGUUGUUAUAAUGACGGAGAAGUUGUGGGAUGAAUGGCAAGUCGUCAAGGGGUAGGCAAGAACAAGGAAGAUAAGGUGUCUCGAUGAAGGGUAAAAAUUUAGAUUGCCUGCGGAUAGAAAUAGUUUCUCAGUGAGUGCUGUAUUUUAGAAUUUUGUCUUUAAAAAAAAAACAAAAACAAAACAAACGAAUGGUAAACUUGGGAUUAGAUUGGAUCACACGGCAAGGCUAUGGAUUCUCUAUCAGUGAAAGUAUUAAGACCAGGGUCUGAGAGUAGGUCCUGUUUUGGGCUGUGAUGUGCAGUAUCUUGACUGCAAAGCCCCGGGCCGGUGUGACGGGAUGCCUGCAGCGUCCUGCAGCAACCUGCAGCAUGCUGGGGACCAGAGCAAACUCAGGGAGCCCUGCCGUGAGCAAGAGCAUUGCCUCUGCAGGGCAGCUCGGGGCGAGUUUUCAGUAUUGCUUGAACUUGCAUUUAAAUCCUCUCAGCAGCUCUCGAAGCAGUGAUGGAAUACGUAGAGCCGCUCCCUGUUGUGUUCUGGGGGUUCCAGGGUUCAUUGCUUGCUGGGUUUUCAAGGCUGUCGGAGAAAAGGGACUUUUUUCAUUUGUGUUGGGUGAGAAGACUUCUGCUGGGUGAAUUCUGUGUGACUGGGUGGCUUCUGCUGUGUCAUGUAGGAAGGGUUUUAUCUGUCCUUUUGGUUGCAUUUGAGCAUCUGAUUUCUGAGAACCCCAUCUCUGAGCUGGGGGAGGAAAAAGUAGCUUUGGAAAGAAAUGAAGAAUUGAUGUAUCAAACUGGCUGCUGGUGUUUUAUAGGGCUCCCUUCUGAGCACCGCAGUGCUCUCCAUUAGACAAGAUGCUCUUCUUUUGGGUCACGUGUGAAUCUCUCUCACCAUCAUUCUCACUGUGUCUGGUUCACAGAUCACACUGUGCUGGCAUGUGUGCCUGUCCAUCCGUCCAUCUGUCCAUCCCACAGAUGUGGGCACCUCUGCUUCCAUCCCCAUCCGUCCACAUUUGUCUUCCCCUUCCUUUUGGUGGGCAGCAGCCACUUGGAUGUGCUGAGGUGCUUGUUUAGGGGGGUUCUCCCAAUUUUUCAGACCAGGAAACGUGCAUCAGGAGUGGGAUGGGGGGAGGCUGGGUUUACUCCCCACCCUGGUCUUUUGAGUGCCUGCACCCAUCUCCUCUGGGGGCCAGUUCCCGGGAGCCCUCUGCGCCUCCCUCCACACCUGGAGGUUUCUCUGGCUGGGUGUUUCAAGAAAGGCAACCCCGUGGUGCGUGUUACGCUGGCGGUGUCCAUCUCUUGCUCCGCAAUCUUGUUUCCAUAUUUAUAUGUCCAGGGGAUGGGCCUGGUGGCAUCCUCUAAAACUGCAUCUGUUUAUUCUGUAAACUAAAGAACUGUAAAUAAGUUUAGCAUUCCUAUUGUAACAAAUUAAUUUUUAUGCAAUAAAUUAUAUUUCCUAGUCUAAUAAAAA